GAUUUAUCCCCGCCAUUAAAUUCAAGUCCCUCCGUGACUAGCGUUUGUCAAGUCGGCUUAAAAUAAUUUUCGAGGAACUUAAACAGAAGUGAAGGAAGAACUUGAAGAUGUUUCUAACACGCUCAGAGUAUGAUCAUGGUGUUAACACUUUUUCCCCAGAAGGGAGAUUAUUCCAAGUUGAAUAUGCUAUAGAAGCGAUAAAACUUGGUUCUACUGCCAUUGGGAUUGCAACAUCUGAGGGAGUAGUGUUAGCCGUUGAAAAGCGUAUAACUUCUUCUUUAAUGGAGCCUACAACGGUAGAAAAAAUUGUAGAAAUUGAUAAGCAUAUUGGAUGUGCUGCAUCUGGUUUAAUAGCUGACUCUAGGACAAUGAUCGAUCGUGCUAGAGCAGAAUGUCAAAACCAUUGGUUUGUUUACAACGAAAAGAUGUCUGUAGAAUCCACCGCACAGGCAGUAUCGAAUUUAGCUAUUCGAUUUGGAGAUAGAGAUGAUGACGGCGGUGCUAUGUCCAGACCAUUUGGUGUAGCAAUGUUGUUUGCUGGAAUUGAUGAAAAAGGACCUCAAUUAUAUCACAUAGAUCCCUCAGGCACUUUCAUCGAGUUCGACGCAAAAGCCAUCGGUUCAGGAAGCGAAGGUGCACAACAAAAUCUACAAGAAGUAUAUCACAAGUCUAUGACACUUAAAGAAGCAAUCAAAGCUGCCUUAAAAAUAUUGAAGCAGGUCAUGGAAGAGAAACUGAACGACACUAACAUAGAAGUAAUGACAAUGACACCUGAGAAACUAUUUCACAUGUUUACAAAACCUGAAUUACAGGAGGUGAUUAAAGACAUUGCUUAAACCCUAUAAUGUUUAAUAUACAUGUUGAAUUAAUUGACAUUGGUACAUGAAAAUACUUGCAGCAGAAAUAUGAAUGCUGUAUAAUUGCAAAUUAUACAUACGUUUUUCACAUAAAGAAUAUGUAAUUUCUAUGCAAUGAAUGGUUUUAUAUUUUUCUUUUUUUUUUCUUUGCUAAAACAGAAUUAAUGAUAGUAAAGAAAUAGGUUUAAUAAUAUCAAUCAAUCCUUUACACGAAUUCCCAAUUUCUAUGUUUGUGCAUAGAAUCUAACACAUUGAAAUCAACUUUCUUUUUGGUAUCACAGUGUCGAAUUUAAUCAUGGUCGUAUCAUUUAUAAAGUAGUACUUAAACUUCAUUUCAAUUACAUUAAUAUGUACAUGA